GCAGAACCAAAACCCAAGGAGAAAAAGAUUAGGUUUAUUUCCCGGCGGAGGCAACAAGGAAGACGAAGACGAGAACUCCGCCUUUCCUUCUCUCCCUCCUGCUCCGUUGAUGGAUCUGUUUGGGUGGAAGAAUAUAAGUAAUUACGGAAGAAGAUAAGAUGUAUUCGAAAAGAUCUGGUGAAGGAGGAGAUGGGGAUGGGUCAGUUUCACAGCCAGUACGCACAAGUGGUAGGCUUAAGAGGAGGCCUACGAUCUAUCGAAACAUGUAUUACACUCACACUCGAAAAAUCAUGCGGAACAGGAACAGGAAAAACAAGGCCAAGUCAAGGACAGCAGCUUCACAGAUAGCCAAGUUGUUGAUUCCAAGGAAUCAGCCUGUGCGGAACUCAAACAACACUUCAGGCACACCCAACCUUCGACGUUCCACCAGAAAGAGGAGAAUAUCCGUUAAUCUUGAAGAUUACACAGACAGUUCUGGAUCAGAGGAUGAAGACCUCAUGAGGCCCUCAUAUCGAAAUUUGAGGAGACGGAUUGCUAACAAUGUGAGUCAAGAUGAGUUCUCAUCUCCCAAGCGCAAAAAUAGAGUGGAGGCUAAACAAACACCUAGACGUGAAGGAUUGCGACCUCGUCGUUCAAAUCCAGUUAUGACUAAACAAAUGGAUCUGGACUCUGAAGAUGAACAAGAAACUUCUGAGAAUGUUGCUCAAGAGGAAACUGAAAAUGGGAAUGAGUUAGAUGAUGCAGAUGAUGGCCAUAAUGACGCUGAGGGUGAUGCUGAGGAUGAGGAUGAGGAUGAGGGCGAGGGUGAGGGUGAAGAUGAAGUAGAAGAAGAUGGUGAUGAUGAAGAGGGUGAAGAAGAGCAGGAUGGAAGGAGGAGAUAUGAUCUUCGGAAUCGAACUGAUUCACGGAGGCUUUCCAUGCAAGAGGGUAAACAGAGAUCAAGAUCUCCACGUAGGGUGUUACAUCAAGGGAUGGGGACCAAGGUGAGUAGGGAUUUCAGGAAGGGUGGAUCAAGAGUUCACAAACGUCAUCGCCUGGCAAGAGCUGAAGACUCUGAUGAUUCCCUCCUUGUUGACGAGUUGGAUCAGGGUCCUGCUGUUUCCUGGGCUCGAGGUGGGAGCAGAUCUGGACCACCUUGGCUCUUUGGGGGGCUGGACAUGCAUGGGACAGCAGCAUGGGGCUUAAAUGUUGCUGCAUCAGGCUGGGCUCAUCAAAGUGAUGCUUUUGCCACCUUGACUUCUGGGAUUCAAACUGCUGGACCUAGCUCAAAAGGUGGUGCUGACAUUCAACCAUUGCAGGUUGAUGAGACUGUAAGUUUUGAUGACAUAGGUGGACUAUCAGAAUAUAUAGAUGCUCUGAAGGAAAUGGUUUUCUUUCCCUUGUUGUAUCCAGAUUUUUUUGCGAGUUAUCAUAUCACCCCACCUAGAGGGGUUUUGUUGUGUGGUCCUCCUGGCACAGGUAAGACAUUGAUUGCAAGAGCAUUAGCAUGUGCUGCUUCAAAAGCUGGCCAAAAAGUCAGUUUUUACAUGCGUAAGGGUGCUGAUGUGCUUAGCAAAUGGGUUGGUGAAGCUGAAAGGCAACUAAAACUGCUGUUUGAGGAGGCACAGAGAAAUCAGCCUUCCAUUAUUUUCUUUGAUGAGAUAGAUGGACUUGCCCCUGUGAGGUCUAGCAAACAAGAGCAGAUUCACAAUUCCAUAGUAUCCACCUUGCUUGCCUUGAUGGAUGGUCUAGAUUCCCGUGGACAAGUUGUUUUGAUUGGAGCAACCAACAGGAUUGAUGCUAUUGAUGGAGCCUUACGUCGGCCUGGUCGAUUUGAUCGUGAAUUCAACUUUCCUUUGCCUGGCUGUCAAGCACGUGCUGAAAUAUUAGACAUCCACACUCGAAAAUGGAAGCAACCUCCUUCAAAGGAAUUAAAAAUGGAACUUGCAGCUAGUUGUGUAGGAUAUUGUGGUGCAGAUCUGAAAGCUCUGUGUACAGAAGCUGCUAUUCGUGCUUUCCGUGAAAAAUACCCUCAAGUAUACACCAGUGAUGAUAAAUUUUUGAUAGAUGUUGACUCAGUGAAGGUUGAGAAGUAUCAUUUUAUAGAGGCCAUGUCUACAAUUACUCCUGCUGCACAUAGGGGUGCUGUUGUUCACUCUAGGCCACUGUCUUUGGUAGUUGCACCUUGCCUGCAAAGACAUCUCCAAAAAGCAAUGCAUUAUCUAUUUGAUAUAUUUCCUCCACUAGCAGUGUCAUCAGAGUUAACUAAACUGUCUAUGCUUUCAUAUGGAUCUCCAAUUCCUCUUGUAUAUAGGCCUCGGCUUCUGCUGUGUGGUGCUGAUGGUGCUGGUUUGGAUCAUCUUGGGCCUGCAAUUUUGCAUGAACUAGAGAAAUUUCCCGUUCAUUCUCUUGGCCUUCCAUCACUUCUUUCUGAUCCUAGUGCAAAGACACCAGAAGAAGCUCUGGUACACAUAUUUGGUGAAGCAAGGAGAACAACACCAUCCAUCCUUUAUAUCCCCCAGUUCAAUCUUUGGUGGGAAAAUGCUUAUGAACAGCUAAGGGCUGUUUUGCUGACUCUGUUAGAAGAGUUGCCUUCCAACUUGCCAAUACUAUUACUUGGAACAUCCUCAGUUCAACUGGAUGGCAUCAGGCAGGAUAUAAAUCCAGUGUUUCCACAACGUAGCAUCUACCAGGUGGACAAACCAUCAACUGAGGACAGAUCUUUGUUUUUUACCUCUCUAAUUGAAGCUGCUUCAUCCAUCUUGCUGGAAGCUGUGACAAAAAAUGAUCAGGAAGCUGUGUCUCUUCCUGAACUUGCCAGGGCCCCGAAAGUAGCAAGUGGACCAAAGGUUUCAGAACUAAAAGCCAAAGUAGAAGCUGAGCAGCAUGCACUUCGCCGAUUAAGGAUGUGCCUCAGAGAUGUUUGCAACCGGAUAUUGUAUGACAAGAGGUUUAAUGUUUUCCAUUAUCCAGUCACUGAUGAGGAUGCUCCAAACUACCGUUCUAUAAUACAAAACCCUAUGGAUGUGGCUACUCUCUUGCAGCGGGUGGACUCUGGGCAGUACAUUACUUGUGCAGCAUUUCUACAAGAUGUUGACCUGAUCGUCACUAAUGCAAGGGAGUACAAUGGAGAUGAUUAUAAUGGGUCUAGGAUUGUUAGUAGAGCUGUUGAGCUUCGGGAUGUGGUACAUGGAAUGAUCUCACAGAUGGACCCUGCAUUGGUUACAUACUGUGAUAAAAUUGCCACCCAAGGGGGUCCAGCACAUAUCCCAGAUAAUUUAGGGGCAUCCAUUUUGCCCUUGACACCCGUUGUGCAGCUAGGAACUGCUACCAGAGCAAGUGCUAGACUUCGCAAUGUCCAACCAGAGGUCAAUUUAGAUCAAAGUUAUGAUGCCUUAAAAAGGCCAAAGAAGAGUGUUGAUACCACACAUACAGCUUCAGCAGGAACAGAAGAAAAAUCAAAAGAACAAGAAUUAGUCCAAGCUUCAGAGGGAAAUGACACAAGUCAUGAGAGGAUAGAAUCUGCUUCUGGUAAUGCCAAUCACCAUGAAACUUCUGCAGAAGCUUCAGUAGCAGGUGGGAGUGAAUCCCACAGUGUUAGAGUGUCCGAUGAUGAAAUUUCCAGACAAGUUGAAUUGGUGAAGCGUCUGUUUUUGGAGAGAAGUGAAAACUAUGGCAUACCUCAGCUUGAAAGGCUGUACACUCGAAUUAUGAAGGGAAUUUUUGAAACCAGGGACAGAGGAACUGGAAAUGAGCCCAAGUCCUCAGUUUUGAUGUUUCUGUUGAAAUUUGCGGAGGACAACUCCAAUUUCUGAUUCCGAAACACCUUCUGUUAAAAAUGUGAAAGGAAAAAGAAGAGAAGAAUGCUUCAUGUACUGCGUGUAAAGUCGGGAUUUUUAUUUUUUUAAGAUUUUUAUUUUUUUUAACCAAUGUUUGUGAUUGGAGUAAAAGUAUAAAGACUUUUUGUCCUUUCCUCUCUUAAGUUGUGUUAGUUCAUGUCCACAUUUUGUGUGCCGAUAAUAGAAAAAUAAAUUGAGAUCAUUACUCAAUUGUGUUUGGAGUUGAUUUUACUAAUGGUCUAUUUGGUUCAUGAAAAAUACCCUUCUGUGCUGCCAGGAGACCCUGCCUUUUGCAAGACGAGGAGCAUUGCCCCAAGGGAUCAACCUCUGAUCGACAAAAUGUGAAACAAAUCUUCCGAUGCAAGGAAAUGUUCGUAUCGCACGGAGCAAGUAAAAGACCUCCUUCAAUUAACCGCUAAGUGUUCGUUUCCCUUUGUACUUGAGAUUGGGAAUGAAUGAAACUGAAGAUG